AUGGAUCAGAUUUUCGGAGGCAAGCCAAAUGUUACACCGGCAGCUCAAUAUGAGUCUCAAGGCGGGAUGGAGCUAUACAAUCAACCAAUGGAUGAUGACCAACUUCGAUCCACCGAGUUGUUUUGCUCCAAUCGGGAGGUAAAUGAAAAUCAAGAGAAUUUGUCAGCCCAAGAUCAACCUGAAGAUCAAUCUCACAUUGCUGCUGCCGGUGAAGAAACCACCAUGGGAGGAAAUGCUGAGUUACCUGAAGAACCAAAUACCAGGUCUACUCCAGCCUUGCAAGCAGAAACCCGUCUUUCUGUCCAAUCUCAGCUGUUGCCGCAUCAAUUGUCCAUCCAAACUGGGACCAAUCAGCCCCGUCGCACCAUGGCAUCAAUUCUUGGCAACCUCCAGAGGUCGGUUGCCCUUGAUGAGGCUGAAGAUGCUGCAGAUGAAGUCGAAGAUCCACCAAUCGAACCUGGUCCCUCUCAAGGUCUUUUUGCAAAUCAGAAUGUGGACAACCAAUCAGUUCCGGGACCAAGACGAGAACCAACCGGAAACCAAAAGGGAAAUUCAACUGUUGCAGCUGCAUUCAAAUCAUCGGCCGACAAAAAAUUCUCCUACCUCAACAAGCAUAUGGCUAUGGAAGAGCCCAAUGCCAAGUUACGUAUGGCUGAAAAGCUGAUGAGUGAGGGACGAAGCGCUGCUGAGAUUGAGAUCAUCAUGAGAUGUGCAUUCUAG